AUUGCAAAGGAACAUCUAUCCCAUUCUAUAACAAGUGGACUAUAUGUGCCCGCAUAGUUCAUAUUAGAUAAGAAACGAAAUGAAGCAUGGUUGCUUAAUUUCCGGUUGUACUGGUUACAAUAAUCUCAUCCCCGUUAAGGAUAACUUGAAAAAGGAAGAGAACCAGUUGAAGCUCAUUCCUACAAAGACAAAACAAGUCAAGUUUUUCAAAACCCUGGCUCCUCCUCUUGCGGCUGCAUUCCUGCUUUUUUCUCCUAUUUGCGUCCCUCCAGUUUCAAGUGCCCAAACCAUAGAUAUCCUAAGAGGAGCCUCCUUGUUCCAACAAACGUGUAUUGGAUGUCACGAUGCAGGUGGAAACAUUAUACAACCAGGAUCAACUCUAUUCACAAAGGAUUUACAAAGAAAUGGAGUUGAUACAGAAGAAGAAAUCCACCGCGUCACAUACUAUGGCAAAGGAAGAAUGCCGGGAUUUGGUAAAGAGUGCAAGCCUCGAGGGCAGUGUACAUUUGGAGCUCGUUUGGAAGAUGAAGAUAUCAAGAUAUUGGCUGAGUUUGUCAAGUUACAAGCUGAUAAAGGGUGGCCAAGUAUAGAAAUUGAAGAAAAAUGACUUAGCAAUUGAAACGUCUCUCUUCCAUCCUGUCCUAAUGAAUUGGUAUAACCCCCACAGAAUCAAACCAACAACCAAGAUAGGAACGAUCCUCAUACUGGUGACAAUCAAAACUUGACUAUUUUGAGAAGAAUUUUCCUUAUCGAAAGGAACAUCAGUAUCGUAUGUGGGAACAUAAAAUAACGUUCCAACCACCUUCUCAAACUUCAAGAAAUGGAAAACUAGGGAAGAAGACCAACUUGCAAUUUCAACCAUACAUGAUUCGCGGCGAGCGCAGUCGUAAAAAGGAGCCCGCAUUAAGAUGAGGGUCUUACAACUUCAUCAUCUAGCACAAUAAGCCAAAUCCAAUGAGCUCGGGCAAACAAGGCUCCCACACCUUUUCUUUUAAACGACUAGCUCUAAACUCAUGUGGUCACUAACGUGGAUUCACCCUAAGUGAGAAAUAACACACUUUGCAACUUACUCAUAAAGGGCCGAAUAUCAAAUGAUGAAUUGAACACCUUACUUAUAGACUUAUCGGCGGUAGUUAACAGGUAAUCAACACUUUUUGAGCUCCAAAACAAACAACUUGGAGAGGUUAAAAUUUCAAAUUACCCCCAUUUCCAACCUCCCAGAAUCCAGCACAACGUGAUCACUAACUACAUUGACAACUCGCCCUAACAGCAAGGAAGGGCUAAGGGUAACCUAAAGCAUAGGCCCGAUUACCCCGAGCCGAGAAACACUCCCGAUACAUUUCGAACAAGAACAUGGAAGAUCAAAGGCUAGAGGCCAUUGUUGCCAAAGAAUUGUACUUUCCUCAUCCUCCAAAGAUGAUCAGUGCAUUUUCAUGUACAUUCUUCCACUG